UCACGCAGAGCUACCGCUAGCUGGUCUGUUGACCGAAACAUCUGUGAUUAACAAAAACAAACACUUGUAAAGGACGUGCUUCUGCCAAGUCUACCUUAAACUGAUUCAUUUUUAAUUCAAACGUUUUUUGUGACUAAAUGUGGAAAUAAGCGAUGAAAUAAUGUAAUUAAUGUACAACAAAGUACUAGAAAGAGCUAGCGGCGGCUAACUCUUUGCAGCAUUCGGUCAAUGUUUAAAAGUGGAUAAAAACAAAGUUUAACGAGUCUUAAAAGAGCCUUAAAAAGGAUGUCGGAUUCGGACAGCGAAGAUGACCAGGAUCGCCCGUUUUCUCUAACUGGUUUCCUCUUUGGGAAUAUUAAUGAAGAUGGACAAUUAGAAGAUGACAGUGUUCUAGACAAUGAGUCCAAAAAGCAUCUGGCUGGUUUGGGGACUCUGGGUCUGGGCUCUCUCAUUACAGAGAUUACAUCCACUGAGGAAGAUGAGAAGGAGGACAGAGAUCUGGCAAAUGUGGAUGCAGAAGGUUGGGUGAAAAGUACUGACGAUGCCGUUGAUUAUUCUGACAUAAGUGAGGUUGCUGAGGAUGAGACGAAGAAGUACCGCCAGGCCAUGGGGUCUCUGCAGCCGAGCAAGAAAACAGAUGAUGAUGACGACUAUGAUGCCGACUGUGAGGAUAUUGACUCUAAGCUCAUGCCUCCACCACCACCGCCGAGUCUUCCUACAGCUGCUAAAAAAGAAGAACCCUCCUCUCAGACCACAAAUGUGGGUGAAGAAGGUGAUGGAAUCAUUCUGCCCUCCAUCAUCGCUCCGUCCUCGACUGCUGAUAAGGUGGACUUCAGCAGCUCUUCGGACUCUGAGUCGGAAACAGACCGUCCCUGUGCGGGGAAGGGGUCGGGAGGAGCUCCAGACAUGCUCACCCUCCCUCUGGCUGGCAUCAUGCAAAAAGAUGCUGCCAAAGCUCUGCCGGGUGUUACAGAGCUGUUUCCAGAGUUUCGGCCUGGCAGGGUUCUUAGGUUCUUACGACUGUUUGGUCCUGGGAAGAACAUGCCGUCCGUCUGGAGGAGUGCCCGCAGGAAAAAGAAGCGAAAGCACAGAGAGCCCCACCCUGGGACGCCGCCUCCAGAAGGAGAAACCUCAGAACAAAGCCAGGAGAAAAAGUCUGGAUGGGUUUAUGAGUACGCACUACCUCCGCCUCCGGAGCAGUGUCUCUCUGAUGAUGAGAUAACCAUGAUGGCUCCAGUGGAGUCAAAGUUCUCACAAACAAGCGGUGAUGGGGACAAGGAGGCAGAGUCUCGACCCAAAGUGGCAGAAUGGAGAUACGGUCCGGCACAGCUCUGGUACGACAUGCUGGGUGUCUCUGAGGAUGGAAGCAAUUUCAACUAUGGGUUCAAGCUUAAGGAACCAGACUCCGAUGAGCCUGAGAAGCAGGACACGCCGAGAGAACCGGCGGAGAUCCCUCAAGAGGUUCAGAUACUGGCUGAAAACGGGGAUAAUGACAGCGACGAUGUUGAUGGGAAUCAUGACAAAGCAGCUAUGGAGGAUGAGGUCUUCCUGAUGGUCACUCAGCUGCAGUGGGAGGAUGAUAUUAUCUGGAAUGGGGAGGAUGUAAAACACAAGGGCACCAAGACGCAGCGAGCCAGCCUCGCAGGAUGGCUCCCGUCGAGCAUGACCCGCAAUGCUAACGCCUACAAUGCACAACAAGGUCUGACGAGAAGUAAUUCUCAGCUGGUGCCACCAACACCUCCACCCAUGCCCAAAACCUCAUCGAUGUCAAUCUCCAAACGAGAAAAAAACUUCCAUGAUCUAGAUGAUGACAGUCCUUGGUUCUCCAUUUUUCCCAUUGACAACGAGGAGUUGGUGUACGGUCGCUGGGAAGACAACAUUAUCUGGGAUGACCAGGAGAUGAACCAAUUACUCACCCCGCCUGUUCUCACACUGGAUCCCAACGAUGAGAAUAUCAUUCUAGAAAUCCCUGAUGAAAAGGAGGCGACAACUUCCCAUUCCCCGUCCAAAGAGAAUAAGAAGGAAACUGCGAUCAAGAAGAGCCGCAUUCUGCUUGGGAAGACGGGCGUGAUCAAAGAUGAGCCGCAGCAGAACAUGUCCCAACCUGAGGUGAAGGACCCCUGGAACCUUUCCAAUGAUGAGUUCUACUAUCCCAAGCAGCAGGGCCUGCGGGGAACCUUCGGUGGCAACAUCAUUCAGCACUCCAUCCCAGCACUAGAGCUGAGGCAGCCCUUCUUCCCCACUCACAUGGGACCCAUGAAGCUUCGCCAGUUCCAUCGACCGACUCUGAAGAAGUACUCGUUCGGAGCGUUAGCUCAGCCAGGCCCCCAUGCUGUUCAGCCGCUGCUCAAACACAUAAAGAAGAAGGCCAAGAUGCGAGAGCAAGAGCGGCAGGCAUCAGGAGGCGGAGACAUGUUCUUCAUGAGAACACCGCAGGACUUGACGGGCAAAGAUGGAGAUCUCAUCCUGGCAGAGUACAGUGAAGAAUAUCCACCUGUCAUCAUGCAAGUUGGCAUGGCAACUAAAAUCAAAAAUUACUACAAGAGGAAACCCGGAAAAGACCCUGGAGCGCCCGACUGUAAAUACGGAGAGACGGUGUACUGCCACACGUCCCCUUUCCUGGGUUCCCUGCAUCCUGGACAGUUACUGCAGGCAUUUGAAAACAACCUCUUCCGUACGCCGAUCUACCAACACAAGAUGCCAGAGACAGACUUCUUGCUCAUACGAACUCGGCAUGGCUACUACAUCCGAGAGCUGGUGGACAUGUUCGUCGUGGGUCAGGAGUGCCCCUUGUACGAAGUCCCGGGGCCAAACUCCAAACGAGCCAACACCCACAUCCGAGAUUUCCUGCAGGUCUUCAUCUACCGCCUGUUCUGGAAGAGCAAGGACCGGCCGCGGAGGAUACGCAUGGAGGACAUAAAGAAAGCUUUUCCUUCACACUCCGAGAGCAGCAUCAGGAAACGAUUGAAGCUCUGCGCUGACUUCAAACGUACAGGGAUGGAUUCCAACUGGUGGGUGUUGAAGCCGGACUUCAGAUUGCCUACGGAGGAAGAAAUCCGAGCCAUGGUGUCUCCGGAGCAGUGCUGCGCCUACUACAGCAUGCUGGUGGCCGAGCAGAGGCUCAAGGAUGCUGGUUACGGGGAGAAAUCCUUCCUUGCUCCAGAUGAGGAGAACGAAGAGGACUUUCAGAUGAAGAUUGAUGAUGAGGUGCGGACGGCUCCCUGGAACACAACGAGAGCCUUCAUUUCUGCGAUGAAGGGGAAGUGCCUGCUGGAGGUGACGGGUGUGGCGGAUCCCACGGGAUGUGGAGAAGGUUUCUCCUACGUCAAAGUGCCCAACAAGCCCACGCAGCAGAAGGAUGACAAAGAGCCACAGCCUGUCAAGAAGACAGUGACAGGGACAGAUGCUGAUCUUCGGAGGCUCUCGCUCAAAAACGCCAAACAGCUGCUUCGCAAGUUUGGCGUCCCGGAGGAGGAGAUCAAGAAACUCUCCCGCUGGGAGGUUAUUGAUGUGGUGAGAACCAUGUCCACAGAACAGGCCCGCUCCGGCGAAGGACCCAUGAGCAAGUUCGCCAGAGGUUCCCGUUUUUCCGUCGCUGAGCACCAGGAGCGCUACAAGGAGGAGUGCCAAAGGAUCUUCGACCUGCAGAACAAGGUCCUGGAGUCGACGGAGGUGCUGUCCACAGACACGGACAGCAGCUCAGCAGAGGACAGUGACUUUGAGGAGAUGGGUAAGAACAUUGAGAACAUGCUGCAGAACAAGAAGACCAGCUCGCAGCUUUCCCGAGAGAGGGAGGAGCAGGAGAGGAAGGAGCUGCAGAGGAUGCUGAUGGGCGAGGAGAGUGACCGCGACAGCAAGGGACGCAAAGAGCGCCGCAAAGGCCUGUCCAGCUCCAUGUCCACCGGCUCCCACAAAGACGACGACACAUCCUCCGUCACCAGCUUAAACUCCGCGGCUACAGGACGCCGCCUCAAGAUCUAUCGCACCUUCAGGGAUGAGGACGGCAAGGAGUACGUCCGCUGUGAGACGGUGCGUAAAGCCUCCGUCAUCGACGCCUACACCAGGAUCAGAACCACCAAAGAUGACGAGUUCAUACGAAAGUUUGCCCUCUUCGACGAGCAGCACAGAGAAGAGAUGAGGAAGGAGCGCCGGCGUAUUCAGGAGCAGCUCCGGCGGCUGAAGAGGAACCAGGAGAAGGACAAGAUCAAAGGACCUCCGGAGAAAAAGGCCAAGAAGGUCAAAGAGAGGCCAGACCUCAAGGUAAAACUUAAGUGCGGAGCCUGCGGAGCAAUUGGACACAUGAGGACGAACAAAUUCUGCCCCCUGUACUAUCAAACCAACGCCCCGCCCUCCAAUCCGGUUGCCAUGACGGAGGAGCAGGAGGAGGAGCUGGAGAAGACCGUCAUCCACAACGACAACGAGGAACUGAUCAAGGUGGAGGGCACGAAGAUCGUUCUCGGCAAGCAACUCAUCGAAAGUGCCGACGAGGUUCGCAGAAAGUCUUUGGUGCUCAAGUUCCCCAAACAGCAGCUGCCACCAAAGAAGAAGAGGCGCGUGGGCAGUGCGGUCCAUUGUGACUACCUCAACAAGCCACACAAGGCGAUCCACCGCAGACGAACGGACCCCAUGGUGACGCUGUCCUCCGUGCUGGAAAGCAUCAUCAACGACAUGCGGGAUCAUCCCAAUACGUACCCCUUCCACACUCCCGUCAACGCCAAGGUUGUGAAGGACUAUUAUAAGAUCAUCACUCGGCCCAUGGACCUGCAGACGCUGAGGGAGAACGUACGCAAGAGGAUGUACCCAUCGAGGGAGGAGUUCCGGGAAGCUGUGGAGGUUGUCGUCAAGAACAGCGCCACUUACAACGGGGCUAAACAUCCCAUAACACAAGUGGCUCAGUCCAUGCUGGACCUCUGUGACACUAAACUGAAAGAGAAGGAGGACCGGUUGGUGAGGCUGGAGAAAGCCAUCAACCCCCUGCUGGAUGAUGACGAUCAGGUGGCCUUCUCCUUCAUCCUGGACAACAUCGUAACCCAGAAGAUGAUGGUGGUUCUAGAUUCGUGGCCGUUUCACCAUCCUGUUAACAAGAAGUUUGUGCCAGAUUAUUAUAAGGUCAUCAUCAGCCCCAUGGACCUGGAGAGCAUCCGGAAGAACAUCUCCAAACAUAAGUACCAGAAUCGAGACACGUUCCUGUCAGACGUCAGUCUCAUCCACGCAAACAGCAUCAAAUACAACGGCGCAGAGAGUCCUUACACCAAGACGGCCCUGGACAUAGUCGACGUUUGCAAACACACGCUUGCAGAGUACGAUGAGCACCUGACACAGUUGGAGAAGGACAUCUCCACGGCCAAGGAGGCGGCUCUAGAUGCAGCAGACCUGGAGUGUCUGGACCCGAUGACACCCGGGCCGUACACGCCGCAGGGGCGACAUGGCAGAAGACCUGGAGAGGAAGAAUCAGAUGUGGAUAUUGAGGGCUUUGAGGAUGACGAUGAUGGCAAACCAAAGACUCCUGCUCCUGCAGAGGAUGCUGAAGGAGAUCUGGAGGACGACGACGAUGACGAAGAACUGUUGCUGCCGCCUCGCAGGCGGCUGCAUGACCCGGACGACGACGACGACGACGAUGAGGAGGGAGAGCGGGGGAGAUCCAGCCAUCCAGCUCAAGCCAGUGUCCUGUAUCAGGACCUGCUCAUGUCUGACGGGGAGGACGACGCCAGCGAAGAGGAGGGCGAUAACCCUUUCUCCUCCAUCCAGCUGUCGGAGAGCGGCAGCGACUCUGAGCGAGAGAUCGACGUGCGACCGCCUCCUCCGCGGAGAGCUCAGGAGACGGCCCGCAUGGGCAUGGAGCAGGACGAGAGCCUGAUGUCGUACGAGGUGGACGGGCCCGACGAGUCGCAUCUGGAGGACAGCAAUGUCAGUUACGGCAGCUACGAGGACCCAGAGAGUCGGACUCAGAUGCAGCCGUCCGGCCUGGGAAACGGCUUAGAGUACGGCAUCAGCGAGGAAGAGGAGGAAGACGAGGAGGAUGAAGCGCGAAGGAGAGGCCCCGCCGUGCUCUCGCAGGUCCAACUCAGCGAAGACGAGGAGAGCGAAGAGUUCAGGUCCAUCGGAGGAGACAGUGACAUGGACUCGGACAAUUAGUCUAAUGUUUUUGAGUGCAGCUUCUUGGAAACGUUGAAGUUCCACUGAGCGAGAAAUAUAAUUUCUCAAAUAAAUAUGUAAACUUUUAUUUUGUAAAUGAAAGUCGAUGUUUAUAGCCGCCUCCUGCUAGUUCCUUGGACUGUAAGCAGCGCAUUGUAAAUUAGCUUUUCUGUGUAUUUUUCAUCAUGAUAUCCCAGUGUAGCAUCCUGAUGACCCUCAGAGGCUUGAAGCAAGGCAGCUGGACUCCACCGGGGUUUAACCAGCAACCAGGAAGCUGAAGUCCAGCCGCGCUGAUUCAAGCCUCUGAGGUGGAGGAGGUGGAUCUUCGUGGAGGUCUGUUCCCAGUGGUUUUGUAUCAUUUUUACCUCCGUUAUACCCUUUGCUCACUAGUUGUUGGAACAAUUGCUUCUACGCCAUCAAUCAUGUCAAGAUUAAAUAAAUAAAAUAAAGACUCUUCUCUUUAUUUAAAAAGAAAAAAACUGUUGUAUGUAAAAAGCAAAAUAAUGCAAACUGCAGGGGUUUUUGUUUUUGUUUUCUUUUUUUGAUGCAAGUCUUCAAAGGCAUUCGGUCGUCACAAACACGGCACGUUUUAUGCUGGAAUUUCUAAUUAAAUGAACUCAAAUCAA